CUCAGGUCCUUUCCCUCUCCAGGAAAUAGAAUCUACCGGCUGUAAACCCCGGAGCCCGGAGACCCUGUGCGGAGAACAGCCGCUAUGUUCCGGUGGCUGCUGGGCAGCAGAGAGCAGCAGGCCGGGGCCGAGAAGUCUGCCAUAUUAAACAUCGGGGAGGAGCAGAGCCAGAAUCCAUAUACAGAACUUACAGCCCUAAAAGCCCACACGGACAUUGUGCGCUUCCUAGUGCAAGUAGACGACAACAGGUUUGCUUCGGCUUGUGAUGAUGGCUCCGUCAUUGUAUGGGAUGUUCAGACUGGUGAAGUGCUUUUCGAGCUUCAUGGACACACACAGAAGAUCACCGCUAUCAUUGUGUUUCCAAGCAAUGAAAUGCACAGCGAAAGGGUUGACCUAAUGCUGACGGCGUCGUCUGAUAGGACCGUCAUUGCUUGGGAUUGUGAAAGCGGCCAGGUAGCUUAUAAAGCCUCCGACUUCCUCUCUACUGUAAAGAAUCUAAUAGUCCUUCAGAGCUUAGACGUCUGGCUCUCCGGUGGAGGAGAGAUCCGUAUAUGGAGUCGUGAUUUUAAGGUUCUGGGUGAGAUUGGCUCCUUUUUUGAUGGAGGCAUUGCAGCACUGGUUGAACUACCUAAGAACUGCGUGGCUGCCGCAGUCGGAAGAGAUUUGCGUAUCUAUAAACUUGGAGCAGGAGCUGCAGGGUCUGACAAGUGGAGCAUUUCUGAAGUCAGAUGUCUUUCUACUCACCAAGAUGUUAUUCGAACACUUGCAAAUGUGAACGAGGUAACAUUUGUAAGCGGCUCCCAUGCUGGGGAAUUGAUCGUGUGGGAUGCUUUAGAUUGGUCGGUUCAAGCUUUUGAAAGGAAUCUUUCUUGCGUUGCUUCACCACAAGAUGUGUCCCCAGAGAAUAACCUGCUGCCUCUGCAAGAGGAGGUUUCAAUCCAGUGCAUUGCAUCGGAUGGAGAGUGUGUCUUUGUGGCUGUAUGUAGAAGUAUUUAUGUGUACAACCUGCAAACAAAGCGAGUCAUUGCUUAUCAUAAGAACGCCCAUGAUUCUGAUAUUCAGCACAUGGCAACUCUUCCUAACAGACAGUUGGUGUCGUGCUCAGAAGAUGGUAGCGUUCGCAUUUGGGAGUUAAGGUCAAAACCACAAUUUCAGGCGGAGUCUGUUCCUGCAGGCUUCUUCAGUAUGUGGGCAUUUGGGAAACCAAGCAAACAGUCUAAUCAUACAGCGAAGAGGGCUGCAGAAAAUGGAAUUAUAGCCUCGCUGGAGCUCAUCGGUGAUCUGAUCGGACAUUCUUCUUCUGUACAGAUGUUUCUGUAUCUUCAAGAUCAUGGUCUGGUGACGUGUUCUGCUGAUCACCUAAUUAUCCUUUGGAAGGAGGGAAAGCGAGAGUCCAGACUGCGUAGCCUGAUGCUCUUUCAAAAACUGGAACAAAAUGGAGACUUACAGGCGAGGUUCUCCCUACACUAAACCAUGUAGUUACUGUGUCGCCCAGUGUGGAGCAAAGAGCAAAGCUUGUUUUUAUUUUCAGUGUUAAUUUAUUUUAAAAAAAGAAGAAAUCCUUAAAGGCAUUCUCUGGAGCUUCGACCUGUGAUGGGAGAUUCUUUCACCGUUACUUUCCGAUUCUGUGGACUGAGCUGUGCUCACGUCACCACCUGACUGGUUGCGGGCUCUUAGGGAUCAUUCAUAUGGCCUUCUGAAUGAGUCUGCAUCCGUUCCGCAAUUUUGCAGAACGGGUGCGGACCCAUUCAUUUCAGUGGAGCUGCAAAAGAUGCGGACAGCACGCCGUGUGCUGUCCGCAUCGGUGGUUCCGUUCUGCGGCCCCGCAAAAAAUAAAAAAAAUUUAAAAACAAAUCAUCUUCUAUUAUAGUUGCGGUCAUAUGCAGUCCGCAAAUUGCAGAAAGCACAUGGCCGGUAUCCGUGCUUUGCGGAUCCGCAAAAUACUACAGUCGUGUGAAUGCGCCCUUAUACUGAAGCCUCGACCGCGUCUUCUCCUGUGCCUUCCUGUUCAGCUGCAUAUACCAUAUACAUUGACCAGGAAGACAAAGGAGCUGAUCUGGUUGAGACAUUAGUGGAGGAGCAGCCAGUCAGGGGGUGCCGGGCGUACAGCCCAGACUGCAGAAUCACUAUUGUAACAGAAUGGGAAGUAAUCCUUUCACAUAUUGCCUGAAGGCUAGAAUUUAGUCAAAGCCCCGGAGAACCCCUUUGGGAUUAGAAGAUGAUGCUGCCAAUGAAGGCAUUGGGCAUUUGGCUUUCGCAAUUAUUUUAUUUAGAUAAAAGUAUUUUAUUUUUUACCUUUUUUCUGUUAAAGGGGUUGUCUUUCUCCAGCAAAUGACCUUUAUCAUGUAGACAAUGUUAAUACAAGGCUCUUACUAAUGUAUUGUCAUUUAAAUUUUUCCAUCGUAUUGUACACUGGAGUGAUGGCCACCGCUGCAGCGUAGAUGCCACCGGAGCUGCUGCACAUGCGUGCCUAUGUGCACUCCCAUGGUCUUGGCUACUAGAGACCAGCUCUCUUUCCCAUAGUGUACAAGCACAACCACCACCAAUGGAUUACAGGGUGGUUGUAAGCCCUGGAAACGAGCAGUGUAUAAUGUGAUGGAAAAUGAAUCCAGCCAGCAAAUGAGGCAAUAUAGACAAUCAUAAUACAUUAGUAAGUGCCUUGUAUUAACUUUGUCUACGUGAUAAAAGCAAUUUGCUGAAGUGAGACAACCCCUUUAAAAUUAGUUUUUGAUUGUAUAAUGCUAUUACAAUGUCCGUAACCAGUGUAGAAUGAGUGGAAAGUGAAUUGCCGCAGUCUGAGGCUAUUUUCUCAUUUGCAUUGUGUUUUUUUGUUAGGGCAACAAGUGCAAUGCAGUAUGUGACACGUAUGUGAACACAGUCUUACAUCUGCUUUUGGUCCUGGUUAAGCCCUGAUUCUUCUUGUAAAAUAUAGAGAGCCUUAGGCCUCAUGCACACGACCGUUUUUCGUGUCCGCAUCCGAGCUGCAGUUUUUGCGGCUCAGGUGCAGACACAUUCACUUCAAUGGGGCCGCAAAAGAUGUGGACAGCACUCCGUGUGC